AUGGCAUCUGAUAUGAAAUCUUUCUGGUACAAAGCCGAUCGGUAUCUGGCGUCCACUGGGGUGCCAUACUCUCCCGUAGUGAUAUGCAAGACCCAAGGUACUCGGCUUUAUGCGACCGACAAUCGCCAGAUCCUAGACUUCACUUCGGGCCAGAUGAGUUCGCUCCUCGGCCAUUCCCAUCCGGAGAUUGUCGAUGCUGUAAGAAAGUCAGUCAAUGAACUAGACCAUCUCCUCAGCAACAUGAUCACGCAGCCCGUGGUAGAUCUAGCCGAACGACUUGCUAGUCUACUCCCAGCACCCCUCGAGAAGUCCUUUUUCCUCAACACAGGGUCUGAGACCAUCGAGGCUGCCAUCAAAAUGGCCAAGAUAUAUACUGGAAAAUUCGAAAUUGUCGCCCUCUCCGCCAGCUACCACGGCCUCACGCAGGGUGCCGGUUCUGCGACCUACUCGGCUGGCCGUCGGAACGGAGGCCCGUCGAUGCCAGGUCAACUGGCCUUUCCGGCUCCAUAUGCGUAUCGCGCGCCGUUUCGCAAGGCGGAUGGCUCCUAUGACUGGGAAACAGAGCUCGAGUUCGGGUGGGCACUUAUUGAUCGACAGAGUGUGGGCUCGUUGGCCGCCUUGGUCAUGGAACCAAUCCUCUCCACCGGUGGCAUUCUAGAUCUACCCAAGGGGUAUCUGAGGCGUAUGAGCGAGAAAUGCAAGGAACGUGGGAUGCUCCUUAUUCUCGAUGAGGCCCAGACAGGACUAGGCCGCACAGGGCAGAUGUUCGCCUUUGAAAACGAUGAGGUCGUGCCUGAUAUCCUGGCACUUUCGAAAACACUUGGUUGUGGUCUCCCGUUGGCUUCGGUUAGUACCACAGCGGAGAUCGAGAGGGGAUGCAGAGAGGCUGGCUUCCUGUGGCUCACUACUCAUCUGAAUGACCCGUUGACAGCGGCUGUGGGGAACAAAGUGCUUGAGGUGGUGGAACGAGACAGUCUAUGCCAACAUGCAGCGGAACUUGGCAAACAGCUGCGCGAAGGCUUACUGAAGCUUCAGGUGAAAUACUGGUGUAUUGGUGACGUUCGUGGGCGUGGUCUCCUACAAGGUAUCGAGAUCAUUUCCGAUCCUCAGACAAAGGCACCAGGUUCGGAGUUGGGCCAGCAGGUUUCCGACCGCGCGAUGGAUCGUGGCCUGUCUUGCAAUGUGGUAAAUCUGCCAGGAAUGGGAGGAGUCUUUCGACUCGCACCUCCACUCACAGUGAAACCGGCGGAGAUUGAGGAGGGAUUGAAGAUUUUGGACGAAGCGUUUGAAUAUGUACUUAAUACCCUCCCCAGCGGUGAAAUCAGCAGUAAAGCUGAAUGA